GGUCAGUUUUUAUUACUGAUAAUUUCGCUGUGAACGAUGCGCUGACGAUAGGCGAGAUUUGUCGAUCGUUACCGAAAGGCCAUUUAAACCGGUCGUAUCGUCCCUUCUUCCUCUCACUACGAACUACGAAACGUCGCCGUCGCCUCUUCUCACGCCUAUCGGCCUAUCUAUGUUUUGCAGAAUGGAAGCUAGUCAUAAACAGCGUAUCAGUGUAUUUAUCCUCUCAAUAAUCGUUCGACCCGAUUAUUCGCGAGACGUAAAAAAUCAUCGUAAAGCUCGGCGCAGUCGCGAAUGAUCAAUGUUGGAAGAAUGGUAUUGUCGUUCAAUCGCAAACAACAAUGCGGACGCGGAAGACGAUGACGACGACAGCCCGGAGGAGGAAGUGCCUAAUUACAAGGAUCAAUACAGAAAUCUUAAGAGAAAGCUCAAGUUCUUAAUUUAUGAAAACGAAUGUUUCCAAGAAGCUCUCCGGUCCACUCAGAGGAAAUUGCUUAAGGUGAACAGGGAUAAAAGCUUUUUAUUGGACCGGUUGUUGCAAUACGAGAAGGUAGAUGCUUCGUUCAGCGAAAGCGAUGAAACAGAAUCCUCGGACGAGGAAAUUACUCGUCUCGACACAUCUAAAAGAAAAAAGAUAGAGAUGGGAAUCGGUAAUCAUAUGCCGCAUCACAUGCCGACGGUGGCAAAGCCUCUUAAUGUUAAUAAGAAGAAGAAACCUGCGCCCAAAGUGACGAAGUCGAACACCACGCCUGUAGUACAAUCAUCGAACAAUGUAGUGCCGAUAUCAUUGAUGUCGGACGGUCAUAUGACGCCGGAAGAGGUGGAGAGACAUUUAGAGUCUAGACAGACUUACUUGGAACUGGUACCGGAGAAAGCACCACCGACGGUACCCACCGAAAUGUUCAGCAAUGACCCUUCGUUGGAUAGCGAGUCGAACGAAAUCGGAGAACUAGAAACGUCUCCGAGCAACAUGGGCGAGGAUUGUCCCAGCGUGGAUAUGAUGGCCGAGUGACAAACGUUUGUUCAUAGUUCGCCGGUUGACCAUAGGUUAAAUUGCACAUAAUAAUAACGUAUCGCAUUAAUAUUAUCGUAUUUGACUAACUUAAUUGUAUUCUUCGUAACGUAAUACAAAUUUUUAUACACGUG